AUGGGCAUAAAAACAAUUGAAGAAAAGGAAACAAUAGUCGAGAGAUUAAAUAGAUUCCUUAACUCAGACAUAUCUAAUCAUUUGAAAUCAUUUAAGACAUUAUAUGAUAUGCUAUAUCUAAAGUUUAUUAAAAAUGAAAAUAGAGAUAAAACAAUUCCAAUCUUAACAAAUAUCAAUAUUUUAAAACCUCUAAUUAAAGAAGAAAUUAAUAAAGAAAAAUCAAUUUUCAAUGAAAAUUAUGAAUCUUUGGAAUUAGAAAUAUUCAAAUCAGAAUUUUUAAAUGAUCCCGAACUAAAAAGAUUAGUUUUAAAUCAACCAGAAAAAAUGAAAAUAAAUGAUUUAUCCUUAGUUUUUGGUUCGAUCCAUGUUCAAUCAACUCUAAUCUCUAAAAAAUCAAAUAUUUCAAAUAACAAAAAAACCAACUAUUUCUACAAUCGAGUUAAAAAUAUUUUAUACCUAGAUGAAAAAAUAGAUAGCAUUUAUUCGUCAUUGGAAAAAAUUUUUGGUUUCGAUACAAAUUCAUUAAAUAAUAUUUUUAAUAAAAUCAUAUCAAAAAGAAAUAGUGAAAAGAUUAAUCAAAAAAAUGAAGAGUUUGAAAGCAUACUAAAAGAUUUUUCUAAAUUUAGAAUCAAUGAUAAAUCAAGAAUGUUUUACGAAAUUUCUUUUGAAAAAAAUCAAAUUGCUACUAUUAUGCACAAUAAUCAUAAAUAUGAUGAAGCUUUUAAAUACUGUAAUAAAUCGAUCAUGUAUGCGAUUAAAAGUAUUUUAGAGUAUGAAAAAACAUCCUAUGGAACCAGUGACGAUAUAAAUAGAUUAAAGAGACUAACCAAUUGCUUCAACGAACAAAGAGAACUUACAUCGUUCGAAACCAAUUUAAACCAAUUCAAAACAUCACUAUGCAAACACUCAAAUGAAGAAAACUCAUUAGCAUUAUUAUUAGUUUCAAAUGAAUAUUUACAAAAAGCAAAUUUUAUUAUCAAUCAAUAA